UCGCUGGUGUAGGGUGAUGGUACAAUUUGGUUUCUGGAGUCACAUUUAAGUGAUUAAAAAUGGAUGUUUCCUGGUGGCCAUGUGAGUGAAUGUCUGUGCAAUACACUAAAAAACCUGAAAACUAACUUCACCGUGGCCACGCAGCGGUUCUCUGAUCGAUGAACGCAAACGCGGUUGCCAUAGCGACGGCAUGUCAACAUUGCUCUCAUCCAGUCCGAUGUGCUUACGAUGUCAGACAUGUCGUCUUUGAACAGAAAGUUAAUCCAGACUCUGGCAGAAACCAUUUCCAAACAAGUGGAUCACUUUAAUAAAACAGAGGUUGAGUGUCUUAUCCGAGAGUUCAACGUGCUCCUGGGUGAGUGUGCUGCCUCAGGGAGAGCAGUGAAUGGACUGGACAAAGAAAAGUUCAGGAGCAUCCUCCACAACAACUUUGGGAUGACUGAUGACAUGAUCAUGGACCUAGCACCGCUGCUCGUCGAUCCUACAGUCUUCAGGACAUUUGACAGAGACAACGACAGCUUUGUGAGUUUGAAAGAGUGGAUCGAAGGACUGUCUGUUUUCCUCCGAGGGACCAUGGAUGAAAAAAUAAAAUACUGCUUUCAGGUGUACGACUUGAAUAGUGACAACUACAUUUCAAGGGAGGAAAUGUUCCACCUGCUGAAGAACAGCCUCAUCAGGCAACCCACUGAGGAAGACCCAGAUGAGGGGAUCAAAGAUCUGGUGGAGAUCACGCUCAAGAGGAUGGACCAUGACCAUGAUGGCAGACUGUCUUUCAGUGACUUUGAAAAGGCAGUGAAAGAGGAGAACCUAUUACUUGAAGCUUUUGGAACCUGUCUCCCCGACAUAAUGAGUACUGAGGCAUUUGAGCAGCAUGUAUUUCAGGAACAACUGGUACUAUGAAAAAAAGGUGUAUUUU